AUGGCAGCCUGGGAUCCCACCAAGAACAAGACCUACCAGAUCCUCAAGCACGCCGAGGAUCACGGCUACGGCGUGCUCGCCCCCAUCGCCUACAACAUCGAGCACGUCCUCGCCUUCGUUCAGGCCGCCGAAGCCAAGCGCAGCCCGCUCAUCAUCCAGGUCUUCCCCUGGGCCAUCACCUUCUCCUCCGGCCUGCUCGUCAUCGCCGCCGCGCACGCCGCCCGCAACGCCUCCGUGCCCGUCGCCGUGCACCUCGACCACGCGCAGGACGAGGCGAUGAUCCGGCACGCGGCCGACGCGCUGCCGUUUGACAGCAUCAUGGUGGACAUGAGCCAUUACGAGAUGGAGGAGAACUUGGCAAAGACGGCGGAGUUGGUCAAGUAUUGUCACGAGAGAGGGGUGGCGACGGAGGCUGAGCCGGGGAGGAUCGAGGGCGGCGAGGAUGGGAUUGCGGACACGGAGGACUUGGAGGGCAAGUUGACAACGGAGGAGCAGGUGGAGGAUUUUGUGGCGACGGGGAUUGAUUUCCUGGCGCCGGCGUUUGGAAACGUCCACGGCGAGUACGGACCACGCGGCCCGGAGCUGCAGUUUGACAGGUUACAGAGAAUUCGGGAAAAGGUCAAUGGCCGGGUGCGCGUCGUCCUGCAUGGGACGAAUGACUUCCCGGAACCCAUCAUGAGACGGUGCAUCGCGGGCGGCGUGUCCAAGGUUAACGUCAACAAGCUUGUGCUGGACGAUUAUCUGAUUCACCUGCAGACGACUGCCCCAAAGCUUAACUUAACGACGUCCAUGGAGCAGGGCGUCAAGGCGGUGCGGAAGCUGAUGGAGCGGCAGAUGGACGUGUGCAAGUCGACGGGGAUGGCAGAUAGGGCAUAG